AUGAGGAGAGUUUUGUUGCAUGAGUCACUAACAUAUACCGUAUGUCAACAGGUUGCGUGGGAGGAGCACCAGCGUCAGCCUCAGGAUCGCUCCAAGAUCCUGGAGCUGCGCAGUCUACUCAGCGGCCUGCGCUCCAUAGACGCCCAGCAGAAGCAGCUGGUGCAGCAGCUACGAUACAAGAGGUUAUAUGAGCGCCAGCAGGGGGACUGUCAGGCCUCCUCUCUCCCUACCUCCCCACAGGCCUCAUCUCUCUGCUCCUCCCCCCAGGCUUCUUCCCCAUGUUCCUCAGCCUCUACUGAACUCAGGAACAUCCUCGACCACGGCCCCGCCUCUCCCAGACUCUGCUCCUCUUCCCCACACUCCCCCGAGCUUGGGGAGUGUACUCCCCCCGCUGCUCACAAGCCCCGCAAGAGACGCCGCCCCUCCCCCCCGGGCUUCCUGGAGCCCGACAACCUCUACUUGUGGGACGCCGAGCUGCCCCAAGAUGGGGAGAUGGGGGAGGGGGCCGAUUUCCCCCAGGAUGGGGAUGUGUGGGAGGGGACCACAGACACCACAGUGCAAGCCCCCGCAGGGGAGCAGGAGUCCCCCAGUGCUGGGGAGGACAGAUGCGUGCCGGAGCAGCCGUGGGGCGUGGUCACCCAGGAGGAGUUCCUUCAAAACUUCGAGAUGCUGUCAGCGCGCCACCUGCAGGAGGUGCUGCACAAGCGCGCCCUCCGUCAGCAGGCCAACGCCCGCCGCCUCUUCUUCGCCCCCAGCCCCGCCGACCGCCGUGACACCGUGAGUGGUGGGCGCCGUGAGUGGUGGGCGCCCAUCACCACUCACCUGCCAUGUCUCGCCACAGAAGACAUCAACGCCACAUCAACGCGCCAGUGUGGCGGGUGUGGCGAGUGGUACCAUCCUGGCUGUGGCUCCGUGCCCUCAUCCGGUGUAACGGGAGCCGUAGCGAGUUUGUGGGGCGAUGAGGAGUGGCUGUGUGGCGUGUGCCAUGGCCGUGGCAUCAGAGCCAGUGUGGCACAUGAUGCCCUGCUGCUCAGGAGCCUGCGCCUCGCCAACGAGCGACGUGUGCGUGAUGGCAAGAGCGGCCACCGCAAGGCCGACGCCAGGGCGCGCAAGUCCGCCUCCGCUGCCGCCGCUCGUCGCCCUGCGGCGGCAGAGAAGAAAGCCACCGCCGUGGACGACGCCCCCCUGGACAUCCCCCAUGCUGCCCCCCAACCCCCUGACAUCCCUGCCCCCCUCACUCAGGACGCCCCCACCUCCAUGAAGACCAGAGGUAGCGCUAAUAGACGGCCUCCAGCCAAGUACCUGUCUCCUCCGUCUCAACCUCCGUCAACGUCCCUGUCAACCGCCAGACAGUUGAGGCCUGUCAAUCAGCUGACGCUGGCCACCAAGUCUGUCAAGGUCUGUCUCCCUGUCAAAAGAUCUGUCAACCAUCACGUCACCAGCAGCAGCAGCUGCAGUAACAACGCUGCGGUCAGCAAACGAACUUCCCACAAGGCGACGGUGAUCAACAGCAACGCUGCCGUUAACAAUAACAACAGCAAUAGCAGCGAUGUCAAUAACAGCAAUGGCCCUCGUAUUAACCUCACUAAAAUAACCACAGCAAACCUCCCCUCAUUAGUUCAACUCGCGUCGUGCAGUUAUAACCCCACGAAAGUUAAACCCACAACACAAAGUCCAACCAGAACCAACCCCACGUCUGUUAAUCCCACCAGAGUACACCUCGCAGCAGUUAACCCCUCCAAAACCAACCCCACAACACUUAACCCCUCUAGAGUUAACCCCACGGAAGGUUCCAGCAUUCCAGGCUCUAUAAUUAAAACUAAAACUGUGGCGGGCGCCAGAAAUAAAGGCGACGUUUCUCCCUCUGCAGCGGCCGCAGUCAAGGCCAAGGCGACGUUGUUGGCCACAAGAACUGUCAACAAAGACGCGAGCCUCGCCAAGGCCUUCAAGAAGAUUCUCCGCGAUAAAGGCGGCGCCUUAUAACACUCCUUUAAUUAGGCACAAUUAAGCGCUCUUAUUUAUGUAUAUAAAUCAGCUUGUAAGUCCCGCUCGUUCCUAAUAACUUUAAUACAUAAUUGUUAGCAAUGAACUUUUCCGUUAUCAAUUUUAUUGUUGUUAGUGGAGGCAAGACUUGUACAAGACCUUUGCAUUGGAAGCUCUCAUGCUCAGUGGACGUUAUCCGAGUCUUGAAGACUUGAUGAAGACAUCACGCUAUUGAUGUCUUGAAGACUUGAUGCAGACAUCACGAUAUUGAUGUCUUGAAGACUUGAUGCAGACAUCACGCUAUUGAUGUCUUGAAGACUUGAUGCAGACAUCGCGCUAUUGAUGUCUUGAAGACUUGAUGCAGACAUCGCGCUAUUGAUGUCUUGAAGACUUGAUGCAGACAUCGCGCUGUCCAUGUCUGCAGAGCGCCAAGAAGACAUCGCACGAAAUAUUAUGUACCUAUGCAUCAACAGUUCACCUUCAUUUAGUUGUCAAAUGCAGAUAAUUUGAAUUUGUUGCAAUUGUGCAUUAUAUCACCCGCCACCCUCACCUGUCACCUCUUACCCGUUUCCCGUCACCCGUCACCCCUCAUCCGUCUCCCCUCACCUGUCAUCAUUUACCCUUCA